ACUUUCAACCAAUUUUUUUUCUUUUGUUUUUUUGUGGUUCAUAAGUCAGCAGUCUCGUCAUGGGAGCACCGUCACAGGAGCAGUGUAAUAUAGGGCACUUGUGCUUUUACUACUGUUCUAACUUUUUGCUUGCUUACUUCAAUUAGAACCCUUUAAUUGGAAUGUUUUUUUUUUCGUUGAGUCCUUUUUGUAACAAUAAGACAAUAACUUUUCUUCGGUAAACUUAAAUUUUAUUUUACUGUGCAUCCUUUAGUACAAGUUAACACAAUGCCAACAAAACCAUUAAAGCUUCAUUUUCAUGAGUCAGUUUUUCGUCUUUUAAAAUUCAACGCUAUUAGAAAGACGGAAACGGAAAGAAUCAUUCAAUAAAUUAGUGACAACACGCUAAUUGCAUUCAGGUUGGUUAUAUGUAGUAAUUGAUUCAUCAAGCCGACAAUUCUAUUGACAAAUUACCGUGUACACUAUAAUUUUUUUCUAGUUUAUGAAACACGUGAGAAGUGUCUGACUAAUGCGGUGUCUAGAGAAUUGGAAAAAGAAACAAAAAUAUUUAAGCAGAGGUGUUAAAUAAAAAAGUUAAAAUCGGCAAACAGUGGGCUAAUUAAGAUUAUUUCAACGAAGGUUUGAUCCGUAACGUGAUGCUAUGAACAUGGUUUUCAUAACAAGGAAGUGGAUAGUUUUUUGUUUAUUACCAGUGUGGCUUUGUACAGCUUUAGUACCAAAACACCGAAGUUAUUUAAAUACUUCUAAAAAUAUAAUUCCUGAAUACUACGUCAAGGAAGUGAGACCUCCAACUCUUCGUAAUAGUCCAAUAGAAGUAGAAUUUAGUAUGAGAGUUGUGGACAUAAAUUCUAUUAACGUAGAAGACAUGGAUUUUCGGAUGGACAUGUUUUUGAGCCAAGAAUGGGUUGAUGCGCGCAUCAAAAUUCCAGAAGACAUGUUUGAAAUUGGAGACGAUGCAGUUACAUUACCUGCUCAAAGUUUCGAUAAUUUGUGGCAACCCGACCUAUAUUUUUUAAAUUCAAAAGUAGUGGAAAUUGCUGGUCUUACGCAUAAAUUUUCAUCAGUGACAAUCUACAGAAAUAAAACCAUUAAAUAUAAUGCCAGAAUGCAUGCCAUUGUUGCUUGUCAAAUGGAGUUCUGGCACUACCCGAUGGAUACCCAAAUAUGUCCUGUCAAUGUAGAAAGUUUUUCAUACAACAACAACAAAAUGCGUUUAAAGUGGUCCAGGAAAGGUGUGAUGAUAGUGCCAGAACUCAAGUUACUUCAAUACAAUAUUCUUCCACUGCAGCUGGAAGAGCAGAAUGUUUAUACAUCAGAAAAAAAUGGUAAUUUCUCACGACUAGUGGUCUAUUUUAGAUUCGAACGUCAAAUUGGACAUCAUUUGAUUCAAACUUUUGCACCAUCGACUUUAGUUGUAGUACUUUCGUGGCUUAGUUUUUGGUUAGGCUUGGAUGCGGUACCAGGACGAGUGACGUUGUUAGUUACCUGUUUACUUACUUUGGUUACUAUGUUCACCGGACUGAGGUCAGACAUACCAGCAGUGGCAUAUAUCAAGGCUUUGGAUCUAUGGAUGGCUGGUUGUAUGGUGUCCGUCUUUGCCGCUUUUGGAGAAUUCGUAAUUGUUAAAGUUUUAGAUGGCCAGUACCAGAAAGUGAAGAAAAAACAAUGUGAACAAGCAAUGGAAGCUGCAAUGACACCGUGGAAACAUUUAUCAAAGCCUAGUUGCACAUCUAGAAGGAGCAGUUACCCAGUAAUUCCUCCUACUUGGCGAAAUAAAAAAGGAAAAGAAAAAAUUCUUUGGCACAAAGUAGAUCGAAUUUCCAGAAUUGUAUUUCCUGUUCUAUUUUUCAUUUUUGCUGUUAUAUACUGGACCAGUUUGAUUUUUGGCAGAACACCCAGUAUAUUGCCAUAACAAAGCAAAACAUGAAACUG